AUCAGGCAGCCGUUCAAGCAAUUCUACAAUCCAGCGGCGCUUUCCUUAAUACUAACGGUCCCUUUCAGUACUAGCCAUGAAGUCCAUUCUGGUUCUUCUUGCCCUCGUUGCUGUGGCUUCCGCCGCCAGCAUUAAGGCUAAGCGCGCUGUGAAGACCCAGAACCCCUUAGCCUUUGCGGCGUUGGAUCAGCUGCGGGGCCGCAACAAGUUGACCGUACCCGACCAGUACAACCUGAUCGCUACCGCCCGUGCUGGUCAGGAUUACCCCAAUAAUGCCGUCAUUCCGGCCAGUAGCUUUGACUGCAGCACCACCCACCAGCCAGGUUUCUAUGCUGACAACUCCGCGGGUUCCCGAUGCCAGGUCUUCCACCGCUGCGACAUCAACGGCAACCAGACCUCGUACCUGUGCCCCAAUAUGAGUGUUUUCAAUUCCAUCACCCUGGUCUGUGAUUGGUGGUUCAAUGUGGACUGCAGCAAGGCCGCCCAGUUCGAUGACUACUCCAACAGCCGUCUCUACCAGGGCGCCAACGUGCCUCUGCUGGAUGACGUUGUCCGCAAACUGACCGGUGCCGUUGCCUCCGGUCGUGUGGAGGUCGCCGCGCCGGCUCCAGAAGAAGCCGCGCCGGCCGAGGCCCCGGCUGCUGAAGCAGCACCGGAAGCGGCUCCCGCUGAAGGCGAGGCUGCUGCUCAGUAGAUGAGGCGCUCGUAACCUAUAGACUGCUGGCUCGCUCUCAACCUUCGAUCUGGUUUCCUAUACUGCACAGAUUUUGUAACAAUGGACUGUAAUUCAUGAACAAACAAUGUGAUCGCUGUACGAAUGAUGCUGACUUUGGGCUUGAUUGACAAACAGUAAAUAAAAACAACCAGUUACGGG